UCUGGAAUUUCUUUCUGUAGCCUUUAAAAAGCACGUCGAAGUCAAGAAACGCAAACUUCUGGAAUUUCUUUCUGAAGCCUUUUAAAAGCACGUCGAAGUCAUGAAACCCUAGGUAAUAUGUUAUGAGUGUGUUUCGCUUUACAACAGGCUUCGCAGAAGAAGAAAAUUCCCCUGCGGAAGCGUCACUGGAUUGGACUUCUACGCACUUAUAAAUAAUUUUCUGCCGCUUCAGCUAUCGGUAUACCAGCCUCGGGAACUAAAACUGCCUGUUUACAGUGGAAAUAAAACUGCUUAGCAUUUCAGAGAGCGCUUUCAGAGUAUUCGCUUGCUUUGUGUUUAACGUGAGAAAUUUUCAACUCCUAUAUUCCUUCAUUAAAAUUCUUCAUUGCACAGCGAAACUGGUAAAUUUGAGAGUAAAUUUUGAAAUUUGGACAAUUUUUUUCAAAUUUCCUUGUGUAUUGGAUGAUUCGAUUAUGUUUUGAAAUUGAAAACCUAAAUCUUUGACUGUUACAGUCACAUUAUUUUUACUACUAAAAUCUAAAGUUCUGAGUAAUUUGCAGGCACAGCAAGUUUACAUUAGACGUCUAAACUUUAAAUGUUUUGCAGGCACACUGUCUUUGUAUUCAAAACCUAAAGCUUUAAUAUGCAGAAGAAUCAGGAAUCCGAAAAAGAAGAAUUUGUUGACAAACCGAUUGCAGAAGAUAAAUCACUUUAUUCUAUGACUAAGGUCGAGGGAGACGUGAAUCUAAAUGACGAAAACCUUUUCGAGCUGGAGAGCACGUUUAGUAGGUUAAUUUGCGAGGAUGAUAGCCUCGAAUUCGUCUCUCUCUUUAAGUGCAUUUGCAAGGCCAGGAUUUCCGGGCUAAUCACCGGCACCGACGGAAACGCAAAAUGCAGAGAUAACGAGGAUAAAAUGAGCCGUCUUUUGCAAAAACUUCUGCAUUUGGCAUGUAAGCUUGAUUCUGUUGCCUGUGCACGAGCUAUAGUUGAAGGUGAGAUCGGUCCUUCCUUACCUGUUAACGGGCUUGAUGAAAAUGGUAAGACCGCGCUUCAUUACGCUGCUCAUUCUCAUUCUCACAAUUGCAUAAAUUUCUUACUUCGUAAUCAAGCCCGCACCGACAUCAAGUCCAAAGAAGGUCAAAGUCCCUUAGAUAUGGCUUUGCUCUCCAAAAGGAUGCAGGUUGACUGGUCUUUGGCUAGCGGUACAGCUGAGCUUCUCAGAUUAAUCGGAAAUAAGGACAUCGCUGCAGUCAGAAUUCUUGCAGUGAACACUAAAGACAUUCAUCAAAUAGCCUACAAAAAGGCCCUAGAUGGACACAUAGUUUCUUUCGCAAUUCUGGUUAUUGCGGCUACAAAUUUGGUUCUUUCUACAUUGAUGCAAAAUGACAAUCAACCUCAAACAAUCUUUGAAAGUUUGGUAAAAAAUGCUGUCUCACUUUGGCAGAUCGAAGCUCGGAAUAGUGAUAAUAACAACUGUGAUGAUUCUGAUAAGGAAAGCACGAACAGCAUAACUCUUUCAAAAAUUCAACAACAAAGGAAAGUGCUUCUCAGUGAAAUCGAACUCCUGCUGCACUUCAGGGAAAGUGUCAUAAAACCUAUCAGAGACAACAAAAGAUUGUCUACUAAUGCUCUAUUCUUGCCACUUGUUCGAGCUUCUCAGACUGGAGAUAAAGAAUUGGUGAAAUUGCUAUUAAAUGGAAGCGUGGAUCCUAAUGAGGCAGAUAGCGAUGGAAAUACUGCCCUUCACUGGGGCCUCAAAGCUACCGCAACUAAUCAAGAUACAAGGCUUAUAAGUUUACUUCUUAGUCACGGAGCUUCCGUGAGCGCAAGGAACAGAUUAGGUCUGACUGCCGUACACGUGGCAGCAAAUUAUGGUCACCUUCAAGGAUUGCAGAUGCUUUUGAUUCAAGAUGCAGAAGCAGUUGACAUGGUUACAGAAACAAAGGAGACCCCUCUGUUUUAUGCAGUUAAAAAUAAUCAUUUUGAAUGUGCUAUGCUUCUGAUUGCUUAUGGAGCCAAUCGUCAAGCAUUAAAUCUAAGGAAACAAAGGCCUGUUGAUGUAGCAAAGACACAAGACAUGCGAGAGAUGCUAAAUUCUCAAUCCGUCUUUCAAUUCGGUAAAUUAAAGGAGUAUCUGAUGGCCCAGGCGUCACAAGAGACCACCAGUGAGAAAUGUCUCGAUAAUUCUGCAAAGCCUCAAUUAAUUAAAGCUGGAAGCGGAAAUCAGGAUCGAGAUCAACACGAAGACAGUUCAAAAUUACCAUUGUACACCAAAACAGAGAUUUGCAGGUACUAUGAAUCUCCCAGUGGUUGUGUCAGAGGGGAUAAGUGCUAUUUUGCUCAUGGAGAAGGAGAAUUGCGACGAGUCAAGAUGUUCAGAAACACUUCACAGCAGCGUAUCCCUGAGGAUUUAAACAAGAAGGUGUUUAUUGGAGGCCUUUCCCCUUCAGUAGAAUCUGAGGAUCUGAGAGAUAUCUUUGAGAGUAAAUUUGGACCAGUUAUAGAUGCAGUAGUCAUCGGCAGUCAAGGUGGAGAGCACCUUCACUCCCGUGGCUUUGGCUUUGUGACAUUUAAACACCAAGAGUCUGUGGCCGCUGCUGUGCGAGCACAUUAUAUACCAAUUUUUGGUAAAAUGGUGGAGAUUAAAGGCGCAGUUCCCAAGUCCAUGCUGGAGCCCAUGAAGGGAACUAAUGUUCAAGAGGAUGAGAUGCAUAGAAAUGACACAGAAUUUGACGCUAGAAACCAAAGUAUAUCAUCAUCAUCAUCGUCACCAUUGGAUAGAGAUCAUUUGCCAGGGGAUGUGCAAGAAAGCAGAGAUUCGGCGCAUACUAAUAUACCAUUAUUAUUGCCAAACCCUGUAGAAUAUCCAGCCUGGGUGGAGAAAUUUAAAAGGUGGCUGCCGGUAUUCCUAGGAGAAGUAUCAAAGCGGCUCAAGGAAAGGGAAUGGUAUCCCCUGUCUUCUCUCAAGGGAGAUUUCAGAGCAACCUGUGGCUUGGAGCUGGACCAUAUUUCUCUUGGCUACAUCAAGCUUAGCGACUUCAUCCGUUCUAUACCAGGCUUGUGCAGGAUGAAAAUUGUUCCUGUUGGAACGGGCCCUGCUACCCACAUGGUUAUUCUCCCGGCACUUUCAGUUCCAAAGCCUGAAUAUCCUCCAAGGCAUCAACAAACUAUUGGAAGUGGGAAGAAUUCAUUUGUGGACAAAGGACGCACGUAUGCAGAUGCUGCAGGACAAAUCCCACAAGGAACAUCGAUAUCUAUUUCUGCCCCUCUUCAACCUACCCAAUUAAUUACAACUCCUGAGGCCGAGACCCGCUCAAAUGCUGAUUUUUCUCAGUCUGGCCCUUUGCUUUAUCAUCAAUCAACUUCUACGGGCAAAUGUCCAAUCAGAACCAAAGAAGAUGUUCGAUACCUCACAAAUCUUUUGGAUGACUUCAAUGUGAAUGCGGAUGGGACGGUUCUUACUAGCGCAAAUCCAAAUACACUAGUCAACGCUUACACUGUGAAUCAACCUGCUGCACCCAAUAAUUCUUUCGCACAAGCCAUGGAAAGCACGAAAUUACCUGUGUGUUAUAACAUCAUGGAUAUUCCUCGUUCAAAUAUUCAGCUUGCUCCCCCUAAUCAAUACAACCCACCAUCGUCCUCUGAAUCUGGGCAGGGACAAGGACAUCCCUUCUUAAGUUUUCUACAACAGGGAGGAACUUCAUUUUUCACUCCGUGGACUCAACAGAAGCCUGAGGCCCAAUUAUGGACAUCCACUGUCAGCCCUAAAUUAUGGGAGUUUUGAAAUUUGACAGAAGUCGCCUCAGAGCGUUCUGUCCCCAUACAGCCCAGCAUACUCUUCGCCCUCAGAACUGGCUGAAAGCAGUAUUGGUAAUGGCAAUUGCAGAGUAUGUAAGGAGAGGAAGGCAAUUUGGAUAGCCGUGCCAUGUGCUCACAAAACCCUAUGCACUGAUUGCCGCAAUAAUAUUAAACUUUCUCAGAGGCCCUUGAAUUGCUCUAUUUGCAAUCACCCUGUGGAUAAGUUCAUUGCUAUGUACUAAAGACACAGUUUGAUAGUCUUAGAUUUAUGUGUGUGAAAAAACCUUGAUUUUUGUAUAUAGUGCACAAGCUUCCAAAUUUUUCUAAAUUUCUGUUUCUUAUCCUACAAGAUAUUAUUUUCGUUAGUAGAAAUUAGCAUGCUUGUAAAUAGGAUUUGUAGCUUGAGUUCAAUUGAUUUAACAAACCAAUUCAGACGCUAA